AGAGUGCAUAUCGGGAAUAGACACACAAAGACAUGCGCACUCAACUUAAUCAGCCAUUUUUUUAAACAGGGCUAAAACGAUAAUAAUUAGCAGAAUAAAGACAUAUCGGAUUUUCAUUUCCCUUCCGCUGUUUCUCGACCCCUCCACAACCGAAUCUGCGAGGCUACAGUCGACACAUCUUUCACCGAUCGGACCCAAAGGAUAGCUUUAAUAGAGCUUGCCAUUUUUCUUUUUAUUUAUUUUUUCAAUAAAGUUGGGAGGAUUACACCUUUUUCCCCUUUUUCAAUUUUUUUGUGUUAUCAUAUUUCGCAAACAUUGGAUGUGACUUUGUUUUCAAACCAAUAGCAAGAGACUUGAAGCGAACUGCGGGGGGAAGAAAGUCCCUGUCAGGCUGGAUGAGAUGAGAUCCCCAUGUAGAGGUCGCCAUGGCAACCUGUGACUCCCCUUCUAUCGUCUUGCGGCAGGAAAAUGGCCAGAAGCUUUUGUUGCUUCCUGCAGGGCCGUGUGACGCAGAGGAGACCAAGAGAGACCGAACUGCUGCCGCCGCUAGGAUGGAUCCCACCGCUGACACCGACGCACCCGCCCAGGAGAAUGGCCCCGCCCCGGAGAAUGGCCCCGCCUUCCCCAAUAAUUCCACAAACACCGGCAGCCCACUGAGGACUGAGCAGCAGAGCCGGAUAGAAAGCUUUACCGGAACCGGGACUGUUACCGGAACCAGGACCCUCGUGACAGGUUCUGACCGUGUCCACGCCGCCGCUUCGCCUGUGGCCCCGGCAAAGGAGAUCCCCUGCAACGAAUGUUCCACCUCCUUCUCCAGUUUACAGCAGUACAUGGAACAUCACUGCCCCAGCACUCGCCUGACUAACUCAGGGGGGCGGGAGGAGGAGGAGGAGGAGGGGGAGAGCGAGGGGGAGCCCGAGGGAGUGGCGCCGUGCGACAGAGACAGCGAGAUGGAGGAGGAUUUAGAGGAUAGUGACGUAGAAAACCUGUGCGGCGAGAUCGUUUACCAGCCCGACGGUUCUGCCUUCAUCCUGGAGGCCUCCAAAGACCACCGUGGUGGCACCUCACAGGGCUUUCUGUCCCCCAACCUGCAGAAUCCCACCACUGCCACCAACAACACCCAGGGUGGUUUGACCCUCCACGGGGGGGACCGGGAUAGGGCAGAGCUGACUGCGGCUGCACCCAUCUCUUUCUACCCGCAGGUCAUCAACACUUUCCACAUUGCGUCAUCCCUCGGGAAAGCGUUCCCGGCCGAUCCGGCAGCAACGUCGUCCUUCCCAAAUACCUCAGCGUUCGCGGGCCCCGGCGGCCCUGUGUUGCACAGUUUCCGCGUGUACGACCUCCGCCACAAGAGCGACAAAGACUAUUUGACGGUCGACGGCGCAGCCAAAAACUCCUGUGUGUCCAAAGAUGUCCCCAACAAUGUGGACUUGUCCAAGUUUGAGGGCUGUGUGAGUGACGGACAGAGGAAACCUGUGCUGAUGUGUUUUCUCUGCAAGCUGUCGUUCGGCUACAGCCGGUCAUUUGUGACGCACGCCGUCCAUGACCACCGGAUGACGCUUAACGAACAGGAGCAGAAACUCCUGAGCAACAAGCACGUCUCUGCCAUCAUCCAGGGGAUUGGCAAGGACAAAGAACCUCUUAUAAGCUUUCUGGAACCAAAAAAAUCCUCCAACUCUGUGCUACCCCACUUUUCUACCGCCGCCAAUUUCCUGGGUCCCGACCCGGGUUUGCGCGGCCUGUGGAGCACGUUCCACGCGGAGAACGCUGAUUCCCUCCAGGCCGGGUUUGCUUUCCUGAAAGGGAGCGCCAGUUCAAACCCCACCGACCAAACCCCCAGAACCCCACCCAUGCCAAAGGCCGAGACCAAUCCUAACUUCGGGGGUGUGACCGGCGCCUCCCUUAGAACACCCGCUAGUUCUGCGUCACUCCUUCGCUCAUCUCCGACGGCGACCGGCCAGGAUAGGGACUCCCCCAAGAGCGACUGUGAGGGCCACCCCCCACGCACUUUGCAUCCCAACACACCCAGGUCUGACCUGAACCCGUACCCGCUGAUCAAACGGGAGCCGGGCGCAGAAGGAGGAGCAAGCCCAGAAGAUGACAUGGAGGACAUGUACUCCAAUGGAGGGGUGGAGAUUGAGAUGGAGGAGGACGAACGGGUGGGUGACAGCACCAGUAGCAAAGAUUUCCCUCUCUUAAACCAAAGCAUUUCCCCUCUAUCCAACAGUCUGCUGAAGUACAGCGACAUCAAAGGCCCCCUGUCAUUGUCUUCUUCCUCCCGCGAGGAAAUGGAGAUGGAGAAGAACGUGCUGAACGCAGCCCUAGCCAGAACCAGAGACCGAGAUAGCAGCAAUGACUCAAACAGCGAAGUCCUGGCUGGUCCAGACGGGUCCUCCCCCUUCUCCCACCUGACGAUGCCCCAAGACGACGAGAGUCCGGGGUCUGCGCAUCAACUUGGGGGAAACCCCGGGACCCCCGGCACGCCGGGUACCCCUGGGACCCCUGGACCGGGCGAGGGGUCCCCGGGCAGUGGCGUGGAGUGCCCAAAAUGCGACACCGUCCUUGGGUCCUCGCGGUCCUUGGGGGGUCACAUGACCAUGAUGCACUCUCGGAACUCCUGCAAGACACUGAAGUGUCCCAAGUGCAACUGGCAUUACAAGUACCAGCAGACGCUGGACGCACACAUGAAGGAGAAGCACCCGGAGUCUGGGGGGUCCUGUGUGUACUGCCGCACCGGCCAGGCUCAUCCACGCCUGGCCCGAGGAGAGAGCUACACCUGUGGAUACAAACCCUUCCGCUGCGAGGUGUGCAACUACUCCACCACGACCAAGGGCAACCUGAGCAUCCACAUGCAGUCGGACAAGCACCUGAACAAUGUUCAGACGCUGCAGAACGGUGGCACCGAACCACAGUAUAACCACGGUCACACGCACAGCCACACCCACAACCACACCCCCUGCCACAGCCACGCCAACCCCUCCCCCAGUUCCAGCCUGGGUGGAGGGUGUGGCACCCCGUCGCCCUCCAAGCCAAAACAGAAGCCCACGUGGCGUUGCGAGGUGUGUGACUAUGAGACCAAUGUGGCGAGGAACCUGCGCAUUCACAUGACCAGCGAGAAGCACAUGCACAACAUGAUGCUGCUGCAGCAGAACAUGAAGCAGAUCCAGCACAGUCUGCACCUGGGCCUGGCCCCGGCGGAGGCCGAGCUUUACCAGUACUACCUAGCCCAGAACAUCGGCCUCACCGGGGUGAAGCUGGAGAGCCCCGGCCCGGACUCCCAGAUGAUGAUUAAUCCCUUCCAGCUGGAUCCCAAUGCAGCUCUUGGCUCUGGUCUAGGUGAGAAUCAAGGGAACAGUGACAUGUCUGCAGAGCUGCGUCUGUCCAGUGGGCAGCUGAUGGCCGAUGACCUGUCCAUCCUCUCUGGGGGCAGUGGCGCGGGCGGCGUCGGCGGCGAGAUUUCCCCGCCCAUCAGCGACCCGUCGCUCCGCCUCUACCAGUGUUCCGUCUGCAGCCGGUUCACCUCAGACAGCCUGGAGGCCCUGGGCGCCCACGUCAACGCUGAACGAGCGCUGCCCGAGGAUGAGUGGCGUUGCAUUGUGGGAGACGUGUACCAGUGCAAGCUGUGCAACUACAACACCCAGCUCAAGGCCAACUUCCAGCUCCACUGUAAGACCGACAAGCACCUGCAGAAGCACCAGCUGGUGGCCCACAUCAAGGAGGGAGGCAAAACCAACCAGUGGAGGUUAAAGUGCGUCGCCAUCGGCAACCCUGUGCACCUGAAAUGCAACGCGUGCGACUACUACAGCAAUAGUGUGGAUAAGCUGCGUCUGCACGCCACCAGCCAGCGACACGAGGCCUCCAUCAGGCUGUACAAGCACUUGCAGAAGCAGGAGGGCGGGUGUGUCGGCGAGCAGUGCGUUUACUACUGCGCCCUGUGCGACUACUCCACCAAGGCCCGGCUGAACCUGGUGCAGCAUGCGCGCUCCCCGCGCCACCAGCAGAACGAGGGCCUGAGGAAACUGCAGCUCCACCAGCAGGGCCUGGGCGGAGACGAGGACAGCCUGAGUCUGCACGAGCUCUACUACGUCAAGGACUGCCCUCAGCAGCAAGAAGAACCACGUGACGAAGAAGUUUCUCUUCCUCCUCGCUCUUCUUCCAGACCUGGCCUCAAUGACAGAGAACAGGCUGAUAGAGAACACAGAGUGACCUCGUUGCCUAAAGAGUCUCCCGGAUCCAAUGCGGGGGGGAAACGCUCCAUGCUACCUGAGAGACACAAUGACAGCCCACCUAAAAGGCCCAAGUCUGCCGAGGGGAAGACCAGCGCUAGCGAACAGCAGGUGCAACAGUGCCCCUACUGUAACUUCAGCAGUAGAGACGCCAACAGGAUACAGAUGCAUGUGGUGUCCCAGCAUUCCAUGCAGCAGCCGGUGAUCUGCUGCCCGCUGUGUCAGGAUGUCCUGAGCAACAAGAUUCACCUCCAGCUUCACCUGACGCACCUGCACAGCGUAGCGCCAGACUGCGUGGAGAAGUUGCUCAUGACCGUGGCUGGGCCCGACGUUCCCAGUAACAUGAUGCAUCCUACACCUGGACAAGACAAAGCCCUGUCCCUGAUGGACGCUCAUGUUGCCCUCUCUGAGACAUCUGGAAAGCCUGCAGGGAACAGUUCAAAAGAAGAGAUUAACAACACGGGCAAGGACAAGAGGGAAGCAGAAAUUCAUGGAGAGGAACUCAAGCCUCCCAAGGCAAGUUCUGAAGCUCCAGAUUGGAAGAGGUCCAGUGGAACAGGGCAGGAUCAGAAGAGCCCGGACUCUCUCCAGGACCACUUGAACGAUCUCCAGAGAAGCCAGCAGCAACAGCAGCUUUCGGUCUCAGACCGCCAUGUCUACAAGUACCGAUGCAACCACUGCAGCCUGGCAUUUAAGACCAUGCAAAAGCUUCAGAUACAUUCCCAGUACCAUGCCAUCCGGGCAGCCACAAUGUGUAGCCUCUGCCAGCGCAGCUUCCGGACAUUCCUGGCACUCCGUAAGCACUUGGAAAACGGUCACCCGGAACUGAGCGAGGCCGAAGUCCAGCAACUCUGUGGCAGCCUGCCGGUGAACGGAGACUUCCUCUCCGAAAGUGAGGCGAGGGCCUACGAGGAGGCGCAGCAGGCCUUCGAGCAGGAAAUGGAAAAAGAUGAUGAGCUGGACCAAGAAGAGAAGGCCAGCCCAACAGGAAGUGACAGUAGCCUGCUGCUAGACGACAUGGGAGCAGAACCAAAGCGAACCCUACCAUUCAGGAAAGGCCCCAACUUCACCAUGGAAAAGUUCUUGGACCCAUCAAGACCGUACAAAUGCACAGUGUGCAAGGAGUCCUUCACCCAGAAAAACAUCCUGCUGGUCCACUAUAACUCCGUGUCUCAUUUGCACAAGCUGAAGAAGGUUCUCCAGGAGGCAUCCAGCCCAGUUUCCCCAGAGACCAACAACAAUGUUGACAACAAACCAUUCAAAUGCAAUAUCUGCAAUGUUGCCUACAGCCAAAGCUCCACGCUGGAGAUACACAUGAGGUCUGUGCUGCAUCAGACCAAAGCCAGAACUGCCAAAACCGAAACAAGUAGCAGCAUCGCAGGAAGUGGGAACGCUGCUGGAGUGGCUCUAUCUAGCAGCCCCGUCCCAACUGGACAGGGCAACAACACCAAUUCAGACACUACGAGAAGCGUGACACCGUCUGCUAACAAAGAAAACACUGUAGAUGCCAAAGAAGCCCAAAACAGCAGCAACAAUGCAAAGCAAACUACUGAUCAUGUCUCUGCACAGCAAAGCCAUCAGAACGCUCAGUCCCAAGCUCAGCUCCAGAUGCAGCUUCAACACGAGCUUCAGCAGCAGGCUGCCUUUUUCCAGCCCCAGUUCCUAAACCCAGCCUUUUUCCCUCAUUUUGGCAUGACUCCGGAGGCACUGCUUCAAUUCCAGCAGCCACAGUUCCUGUUUCCAUUCUACAUCCCAGGGGCAGAAUUCAACUUGAGCCCAGAGCUGGCCCUUCACUCGGCCGCUGCCUUUGGGAUGCCAGGGUUGACUGGUUCCUUCCUGGAAGAUUUGAAGCAACAGAUGCAGCAGCAGCACCAAUUACAGCAGGCUCAGGCACAGCAUCAGGUCCAACAACAGCAGCAGCAGCAACAACAACAACAACAACAGCAGCAGCAGCAACAACAACCAUCCCAGUCGCAGCUCCAGCAGCAGAAAAAUCAGCAACUGCAGAGCCACAAGCCCAAAAUGGAGCCCAAUGCUGUGUCAGUGUCUGACUUGCCGAUGUCCAGAGAGGCAGAGGAGCAUGUAGAAAAACAGGAGAACAAAGCAAAGAUGGAGAAUGGAGGGGAAGGAUUAAGUGAGGGAGGAAAGGAUAACAAAGAUAAAAAGUCAAAGUUUCCUGAGCCGCUGAUUCCCCCUCCACGUAUCGUGUCAGGAGCCAGGGGAAAUGCUGCCAAGGCCCUUCUGGAGAACUUUGGAUUCGAGCUGGUCAUUCAGUAUAACGAGAACAGGCAGAAAAGCCAGAAGAAAAGCAAAGAAGGAGAACAACAACCACAACAACUACAUCAACAACAACUAGUGGAGAUCAACAACGAUAAGCUGGAGUGUGGGAUGUGCGGAAAGCUCUUCUCCAACAUGCUGAUUCUCAAAAGCCACCAAGAACACAUCCAUGGACAGUUCUUUCCAUAUGGGGAGCUAGAAAAAUUUGCCCAGCAGUACAGAGAAGCCUAUGACAAGCUCUAUCCCAUCAACCCCCCUUCCCCAGAGACCCCCCCACCUCAGCCCCCACCCCCUCCUCCCCCACCUGCUCCAGUGACAACCCAACAACCUCCCGCAAGCUCCAUAAACAAGCCCCAGACCCAGGCCCCAUCUCCAGCCCCACACCAGGCUCCACAGCCUCAGCCUCCACCCCCACCCCCACCUCCGCCUCCUCCACCACCCUCCGCACCUCCACAGGUGCAGCCCUCCGUACCACUAGAUUUUUCCCUCUUCCCUCCUUUGAUGAUGCAAUCCCUCCAGCACCAAGGGCUAUCCCAUCAACUCACCCUGCAGCUGCCCACAAUGGACUCCCUGUCCUCUGAUCUCACCCAGCUCUGUCAGCAGCAACUAGGCCUUGAUCCUAACUUCCUGAGGCAGUCCCAGUUCAAGCGCCCUCGAACCCGUAUCACGGACGACCAGCUGAAGGUCCUCAGAGCUCACUUCGACAUCAAUAACUCCCCCAAUGAGGAGCAGAUCCAAGAGAUGGCUGACAAGUCUGGCCUCCCCCAGAAGGUCAUCAAGCACUGGUUUCGUAACACCCUGUUCAAAGAACGCCAGCGAAGCAAAGACUCUCCGUACAACUUCAGCAUUCCACCUAUUACCACAUUGGAGGAUAUCAGACUCGACUCCCAAUACAGUACACUGGAGUACUACAGGACUGAUGCCACAAUGAACAAGAGGUCCUCCAGGACAAGGUUCACUGACUACCAGCUAAGGGUCCUGCAGGACUUCUUUGAUACAAACGCUUACCCAAAAGAUGAUGAGAUUGAGCAGCUAUCCACCGUGCUCAACUUGCCAACAAGGGUAAUCGUAGUGUGGUUCCAAAACGCCCGCCAGAAGGCCCGGAAGAGCUAUGAGAACCAGGCAGAUGCUAAAGACAACGAGAAGAAAGAACUGACAAAUGAGCGCUACAUCCGCACCAGCAACAUGCAGUACCAGUGCAAGAAAUGCUGUGUGGUGUUCCCACGAAUCUUUGAUUUGAUCACCCAUCAGAAAAAGAUAUGCUACAAGGAUGAGGAUGAGGAAGGGAAUGAGGACAACCAAUCUGAGGAGUACAUGGAUAUGGGAGAGCCUGGCCCAGCCAAGCACCCCGACUCAUCCAAGCACCACCAUGGAACAUCCAAUAGCUCAGGCUCCAGCACCCCACUAAUGCCCAGCCCUCGCCCCAACCCUGGGAAGACCUCCCCCAAGCCAGAACCACCCUCUGAGCCCAAACCUAAACAACCAGAGCCUGCCCCCUCUCCAGUCAUGAUGAAACCUCUACAAGACCCCCGACCCUCCAAGGCCUCCACCCCUCAGCCACCUCCUCAGAAGAACCCCCAACCCCAAUUGUCCAGACCCCACUCCCAGCCUCAGUCAGCUGCUGUCCCAUCCAGCCCCCUGUCCCUGGCCCUUUCCUCCCUCAGCAACAGCCUCCCUCCCCAAAUGCUCCAAUAUCAGUGCGACCAGUGCAAGAUAGCCUUCCCAACUGUUGAGCUGUGGCAGGAGCACCAGCAUAUGCAUUUCCUUGCAGCCCAGAACCAGUUCCUUCAUUCCCAGUUCCUGGAAAGACCCAUGGACAUGCCCUACAUGAUCUUUGACCCAAAUAACCCUCUUAUGACUAGCCAGCUGCUGACUGGGGGACUCCAGAUGCCAACCCAAAGCGGCUCUGGUUUGUCUUCUGGCCCUGGCUCUGGAUCCAUGAAAAGAAAACUUGAUGAAAAAGAGGAUGGAUCUAAUGAAAAAGAUGGCGGAAACAUGACUGAAGAACAGCACAGAGACAAACGUCUUAGAACCACCAUCACCCCAGAACAACUAGAAAUCCUGUAUGAUAAAUAUUUACUGGACUCCAACCCCACCAGGAAGAUGCUAGAUCACAUUGCCCGUGAGGUUGGCCUGAAAAAGAGAGUGGUUCAGGUUUGGUUUCAGAACACACGUGCUAGAGAGAGAAAAGGACAGUUCAGAGCUUUGGGGCCCUCCCAGUCACACAAGAAAUGUCCUUUUUGUCGGGCGCUGUUCAAAGCCAAGUCAGCUUUGGACAGCCAUAUCCGUUCUAGACACUGGCAUGAAGCCAAACAGGCAGGGUUUAGUCUGCCUCCUAGCCCAAUGAUGAACCAAGACGAUGGAGGUGAGAGCCCACACAAGUAUAACUUCUUUGAGUACCCGCAGCUGCCCACCAAGACUGAGCCAAAUGAGUAUGAGCUUCCUACGGCCUCCUCAACGCCAGUCAAACCAAUUGAGGCACAGUUAAAAAACUUCUUGAGCCCUUCAUCCUUAAAAGCAGAAAACUGUGAUGAAUCUGAAGGGCUUAACAUAAAUUCUGCAGAGGCCUCAUCCUACGAAAUCACUAACAAAAUGGACUGCGACGAGACCUCGUCCAUCAACACCGCCAUAAGUGACGCCACCACCGGGGACGAGGGCAACAACAAUGAAGUGGAAAGUCUCACAGCUAAUGGAGGGGACAAGCUGGGCUGCGACAGUAAGAGCAACCAGGCCCAGAGCUCAGAUGGGGGCAUGGAUGACCGAUUUCCCUUCAGCAUGGUCAGCCCCUCCCUCAGCUACUCGGGAAAAGAUGGAGACUCGUGCUCUUACUCCUACUCCUACUACAGCUCAAGAGAUGAUGACAUGGAUGACAACAAUGACCAGAGCGAGACCUCCAGUCUGGCCGACCCCAGCUCUCCCAGCCCCUUUGGAAGUGGAAACCCCUUCAAGUCUGGGAAGGGUAGCGGCAGUGGUGGGGAGAGGCCGGGCCAUAAGCGCUUUAGGACUCAAAUGAGCAAUCUUCAGCUGAAAGUCCUCAAGGCCUGUUUCAGCGACUACCGCACCCCAACCAUGCAGGAGUGCGAGAUGCUCGGCAGUGAGAUUGGCCUCCCCAAGCGUGUGGUGCAGGUGUGGUUCCAGAAUGCCCGCGCCAAGGAAAAGAAAUUCAAAAUCAACAUCGGGAAGCCUUUCAUGAUCAGUCAAGGCGGGCCGGAUGGGCCUCGGCCCGAGUGUACCUUGUGCGGUGUGAAAUACACCGCCCGGAUGUCCAUCCGCGACCACAUCUUCUCCAAACAGCACAUCACCAAAGUGCAGGAGACUCUGGGAAACCAGGUGGACAGGGAGAAGGACUACUUGGCACCCACUACGGUCCGCCAGCUGAUGGCUCAGCAUGAAAUGGACCGUCUGAAGAAGGCUGGUAGCGAUGGGCUCAGCAGCCUGGCUUCCCAGCAGCAUCAGACUGCAAUGGACCAGAACAAUGCACUUCACGGCCUCAGCCUGCCCUCAGGUUACCCAGGGAUCUCUGGCCUCCCACCAGUGCUACUUCCUGGUGUCAACGGGCCGUCCUCACUUCCUGUUUACCCACCCAACACACCUGCUUUAGCGUCUCCUGGUGCUGGCAUGCUUGGGUUCCCCACCCCAGCCACCCCCUCUCCCGCCAUGUCUCUCAGCACUACCCCAACCAAGACUCUUCUGCAGACUCCUCCACCUCCUCCUCCUCCUCUUCCACCUCCACCACCUCCUCCUGUUUCCUCCAACCCUCUGACUUCAACCAACCACGAGCAGCACAGCAAAGACCCAGAGAGAGACAGCAACAACAGCGGCGGCGGCAGCAAGAAACCAAUGGAGAAGCCGCACCACCAGAAGAAGCCCAAGGAAAGAGAAGCAGAGACCGGUGGACGUCCACAGACCCCCAACGUCGGCACAAGCAAGAAGAGGGAGAAGACCUCUCCAGCUGUGGGCAAACCGGGAAGCGAGGGUUAUCUGGAUGCCAUUCAACUACAGGCUCUUCAAAACGCCCUUGCUGGUGCCACAGACCCGAGCUCCUUCCUGGGAGGCCAGUUUCUGCCUUACUUCCUCCCGGGCUUUGCCAACAGCUUUUCACCGCAGCUUCUUGGAGGGAUGCAGGCUGGGGGAUACUUCCCUCCGUUUGGUGGCAUGGAGAACCUGUUCCCGUAUGGACCUGGCACCAUCCCACAGGCUGCCAUGGCGGGGGUGAAUCCCACCGCCUUCCUGCAGCAGUAUCAACAGUACCAGCAGUCCCUCCAGGAUUCCCUGCAGAAGCAGCAACAGCAGCAACAGCAUCAUAAACAGCAGAAGCAAAAGCCUACCCCUGUGAAGGUGUCGUCUCCAAGUGUGCAGAGCAACCCAAACUCAUUCAAACCAAAAGAAUCUAUGGGAACUAAGGAUGACACUAACAACAAAUGCUCUUCAGCAGAAAGCACAAAAGAAGAACUGCAAGAAAUCCAAUGUACCACAGACUUUCCUGACGCUUUCAUAGUUCCGUCUGUCAAGCACGAGUUCAUAUGCAGGAAGUGCCAGAUGGUGUUUGCCGACGAGGACUCUGCGGUGCAUCACCAGAAGUCCUUCUGCUACUUCGGAAACCCUUUUCCAGACCCGCAGGAGACGGUUCUUAGAAAGGCAGUGAGCAAGUACACAUGCGUCGCCUGCAAUGUGGUGGUCAACGGGAAUGAAGCGCUUGGCAGACACCUCCAGUCGAGCUUGCACAAAGAGAAAACAAUCAAACAAGCAAUGAGAAAUGCCAAAGAGCAUGCUAGAUUAUUACCUCACUCUGUCUGCUCCCCUACUCCUGACAACACGACAUCUACCUCGCAGUCUGCAGCUCCUCCUUCUAAUAACACCUUUCCUCAUCUCUCUCGCUUGUCCAUCAAGUCCUGGCCAAAUAUCCUUUUCCAGGCAACUGCCCGAAACGCUGCGUCCUCCUCCUCCCCGUCUGCUUCUCCUUCCAUUCCUUCCCUUUCCUUGCCUUCAAAGGUUACCUCAACGUCCUGCAGCAGCGUCUCAGGGGUUCCCACCUCCCUACCCAACGAGAGUUGUUCAGAGGAGUCUGACAAUGAGCUAAGCCAGAAGCUGGAUGAGUUAGAUAAGGCGUUGGAGGCCAAGGCCAAGCCAACCUCUGGCCUAGACGCAGGCUUCAGCAAUAUCCGAAUGGAUAUGUUCAGUGUGUAGGAGGUGAAAACAGGAUCCCCUGCUUAAAAAAAAGAUAAGAAAAAAAUAAGACUUUUAAACUGCAGUUCCAAAGUUUCUCUAACCCAAAAAAUUACAGUACCAAAUGAUUGACUCAGGAUUGUUUUUCCCAUAUUGAUAUGCUGGCAAGAUAUUGAUUGAUUUUUUGUUAUGGACAGAACUGUUGCAGAUGCUUGACUGAGCUUAUAUUGUAUACAAAAAACAUGGAGUAGGAAAAAAAAUCCCACAGGCUCUCCCCGCGGAGCUUGUUUCAAGCCAAAAACUCUCACGAUAGCAUAUUGCACCUCAGCUGGAUUGUUUUCCAAAUGCUAGCAUGUACUGUAUGGGACGACGAUCCACGAAACCUUCAAAGAGAAUCUCUCUUAGUCUAGAUAGGUGUAAUUCAGUAGCUUUAAAUUCUCAGGUCAGAACAUAACAUUUCUCAUUUGUUAAAGCAGCAGUGGGCCCUGGGGACACUUGGCUUCUAACCAAAACCAUGUCAAGCUUUAUCGGACGCAUUUCCUUGAUGUGUGUAGAGUACAAAGAGAGACAAUAUUACUGUUACAGAGGACAACGUGCAUAUCCUUUUAGUUUUGGCCCUACAAAGACAGUAUGGUUUUGCCACUGAGGGAAUUUUAGAAUGGUGAAGUAAUUGUGUAUGAAGCCCCCUGUGUUUGCCAGUUUGUGUUACGACAAACUGUGUCUAUAUCUGCCCCCCUUUUUUUCUUGUAGAAUAUACUAAUCUGUGCCAACUCUUACCUUUUCUCUUUUACCUCUGCUCACACCCUUUUCUGGAGAGGUAAUAACUCUAGUUUUAUACACUCUUGAGGAUUAAUUAUGUGAAUAAGACUUUUUUUUUUUUUUUCAUUUGUGAAUUGCUGAACUGUUACGGUACCCUAUGGUGUCUGGACAAUAGUGCACUUAUUUUGUUUUGGUUUAUUUUUUUAUUAUUAUUUUAGACCCGUGUGUUAAUUUAAUAGAUUUUUUUUCUGUUUGUGUGUUUGUUUGUUUGUUCUAAUUAUUUUUUUGUGUUUGUCGCAGCAGCAUUUUCGGUCCACAUUUGUUAGAGGAUUGACGUCUAACAGUUCUGUGACCUAGUUAACAAUUGGUGCAUCCAUGAAAGCAGUACUGUAUACUUGAAACUGUUAAAGUACAAGUUGGUCAAAAUGUAUUUUUUUUUUUGUAUUUUAGAAAAGGUAUGAAUAUUUGCAUAAGCAAAUAUGCUGCUUUAAGAAUGGGGGACAACAGCAUUAAUUUUUUUAUAAUAAAACAUUUUUCCCAUUGCUUGUAGGACUAAUAACAGUGUUACACCUAUACACUGAUUUAUAGUGCAUAGGUCUUUGUCCUUACAUUGUUUUUCUGGGCACAGUUGAUCUAUCAUGAACUCAAAACACUUUAAUUAUUCAGUUUAUUUUAGUCAUUAAUGCAUUACAAAGUAUUACCUUACUAUACCAACAUUUUGCUGCUACUGUGUAAUGUUAUUUUUGCUUGCCAUAAACUCUACACAAGACUGAAUCCUGACCCAUGGAUCGCUUUGCUUUGCUGUUUUUUGUUUUCUUUCUGUUUUAGUUUUGUUUUUGUCUUUUUAUUUUGCAGUGGAACUUAAAGAAUGUGAAAGCUGUCAAAGGGUGUUAAAUUUUUACGAAUCACUUUCUAGUUUGGUAAGGUAAGCCAACGUGAUUCAUUCCAAAGUAACAGAAGGAUAUUUGUAUGAAAGAAAAAGGCUUGCGAACAAAGAGAGCUAAGCUGUUGUACAUAUUCGUAGUUGGCUGUGCAUGGUACAAAUUUAUUAAUAUGAAGAAAUGCAAAAAUGUAUUGCUUUUGGUAUUUCCUAUUCUGAGAUGAACAAGUAGCAUGUAAUGCAACUGUUUGACAGGUUAAAAUCAAAUCAUGCUUAGUUAUUGUUUCAAACGAUGAAAUCAAGUAACAUUUCCUCUUACGGUUUAUUAUUGUACAGGUAUUUUAGUUUUUCCGUUCAAAGUUUAAAUGCAAAAUGUCACCGUUUUUAAUUAUCUUCUUUUGUGUGAAGCUUUUUAAAUGUUCUUAUUUUGAAUUUUGGGGAUUUUAACAUUUACUUUGUUCCUGAAGACACUUUUACGAUUGUGUUUCAGCAGAGACGUCCUAGUCUAUAGGUGCAAUCCUGCCAUUGUACAAACACCAACAACUGUCCGGAUCCCAAAGGCUUUCACAACCUGGCUUUUUGCCUUUUCCCUCAAUGUGGCUAUAGCAUUGCCAGACUGAACUGUCAGCUAGCAUCACAUGCUAAGAUGUUAGCAGCAAACACAAUGCUUCCCACACUAAAGGACUGGUAAAAGCUAAAAUACCAACAACCAAAAGGAUGGUCCAAUAACAUAACAAACUGUACAUAAACGUUGCAACUGCACAGCAGCCAAAAAGAAAGAAAGAAUAAAAAAAAAACUUUUUAAAACGGAUGAAUUGUGUGACGCUGAAGAGAGGACAGCCUUCAAAAGGUUGAAACUGGGAUUGUUUUCUUCUGGAUGUCAAAAGGGAUUUUCACGGCGCAAUCAUAUCCUACACAAUAUGUACUCUCUACGUCCGGGUUACAUAGGAAAUGCAUCCUGAGGUUUUACUAAGAAGAAGCCCCUACGGCUAAAACUUUAAAUAAACUAAACCAAAAAUGUUAUUGAUGUUUUAUAUAUAGAGAGUAGUCUCAUUAGUUUUUGUUACUGUAAUGUUUAAGGUCUCAACUGCACCGUUACACGGUAAUAACAUGGUUUUGAAACUUUUAUUUUUUAUUUUUGUCACAGACCUGUUGUCAUAGUUGAAAUGACGUUUAUUGUAGAUGGUAUUUGAACAACUUCUGGAAAUAGUUCAUCAAGUAUGUUUGUUGCUCAUUGUUGUGAUACAUUAAAAACUGUAUCUGCAAACCA